UAGACUUCAAGGCUGUAUAGUCUAUAAUUUACUCUCCCUCCCUCUCCCUCUCCCGGUCGAGAUGGAGAGCUUACCAACGACGAUGAAAUCAGAGCGGCGGUCGAGAUCUAAACCUCUCCAGUCCUCCAAACCCUCGCUUUUCAUGGCUUUCUUCUCAUGCCUCGCUUGGCUCUACGUUGCUGGCCGGUUGUGGGAAGAUGCAGAGAACAGAAAAUUGCUUACCAAUCUUCUUUACAAGAAUGCCCUCCAGAGACCCAAGGUUCUUACGGUUGAAGAUAAGCUAAUGGUCCUAGGAUGCAGAGAUUUGGAGAGGAGGAUUGUGGAAGCUGAAAUGGACUUGACAUUGGCUAAGAGUCAAGGGUAUCUCAAGGACAAAUUGCAGCAAAGUGGGUCUUCUUCUGGCCAAAAGCUUCUUGCUGUUAUUGGAGUUUAUACUGGAUUUGGCAGUCGCUUGAAGCGAAAUGUGUUUAGAGGGUCUUGGAUGCCUAAAGGUGAUGCCUUGAGAAAACUUGAAGAAAGAGGAGUGGUCAUUCGUUUUGUAAUCGGGCGGAGUGCUAAUCGAGGUGAUAGCUUAGAUCGCAAUAUUGAUGAGGAAUAUCGCUCAACAAAGGAUUUCUUGAUUCUUGAAGGUCAUGAGGAGGCUCAAGAAGAGCUGCCUAAGAAAGCAAAGUUCUUCUUCAGUACUGCAGUUCAAAAUUGGGAUGCAGAAUUUUAUGUAAAAGUUGAUGACAGUAUAGACCUUGAUCUGGAGGGGUUAAUUGGACUUCUCGACCGUCGUCGUGGUCAAGAUGGUGCUUACAUUGGGUGCAUGAAGUCAGGAGAUGUGAUAUCUGAAGAGGGAAAGUCUUGGUAUGAACCUGAUUGGUGGAAAUUUGGCGAUGAGAAGUCGUACUUCCGACAUGCUUCUGGCUCUCUUCUUAUACUCUCCAAGAAUUUAGCUCAGUAUAUUAACAUCAACAGUGCAUCUCUUAAAUCAUACGCUCAUGAUGAUAUAUCAGUGGGUUCAUGGAUGAUGGGCCUCCAAGCAACUUAUAUAGACGAGAACCGCCUUUGCUGCAGUAGCAUUAGACAAGACAAGGUGUGUUCCCUGGCUUGAUCAGAGGAAAUAGCUUCUUAUCAGAGAAAUUGAUCCAACUACCUUCAUGAUUCAUUCAUUUAGCACUCAGCAAGUUUUGCAUAAGCACAUUCAGCAACUUCUAGGCUUGGUCAGUGGUUGUCUUAUUGGUUCAUUCUGGGGCACAUAUCUGUCUUGUCCGUGGGGGAUUUGUUAAAGCAUCAGCAAGAUUAUUUUUUGCCUAGGAUCAGGAGAUUAGCUGCAAUUUUUAUACAAUGGAUUUACACAUGUUUACCGGACUGUCCUCUCCAGUUGUUGCUCGGCUGUUUGAGCUUAAGUGGUAGCUGAAUGCUAUUGUGUAAAGUCGAUGAAAUAUUUCAUGUUUUGUUUAGUCAAUAAGAAAGCUUCUGUUUGCCA